AUGGUUGGUAGUGGCAUUGGCGGGCGGCGGCGGCGGUCAAUGGGCACGGAGGUGGUCGACGGAGCAGGUGGUUGGGGCAUGGCGACAGUUUGCAUGGACAAUGCUCGACGUUCUCAAAGGUCUAGGAAAGGACACGGCUUGAAGGAUUGGGAAAUAGAUUUCAAGCCAAAAGGCACUGCAAAUUCUUCAUGCAUUGGAAAUAAUGAAAAAGCAUGCAGGUUUAUUAUAGUUUUCAUCUAUUUUUUGGAUUACAGGAUGGGGAAAGGGAGAAGAACGAACAACUUCAGACCUAGUGGAAGUGCAGCUCCUGCUCCAACUCAAGCAACAAGCCAUGUAAAACAAAGAGGUUUGGCGAAGAGUCACCUUGGUGGUGUCAUAUUUGGCUGCACUAACAGCACAAUAAAAGAAUGUUUUUCCAAACAACUCUUUGGCUUACCAGCUGGACACCAUUCGUACAUAAAGAACAUUCAUGCUGGCCAACCGUUGUUUUUGUUCAACUACAGUGAUAGACAACUUCAUGGAAUCUUCGCGGCUGCUAGUCCAGGCCAAAUGAAUAUUAAUCCAUAUGCAUGGACCAUAGAUGGUGAAGAGAGAACUCAAUAUCCUGCUCAGGUAUAUGGUUCUCUUCCAGUGUUUUAG